CUCCAGUCGUGAUUAAAGGACUAUCUAUCCUAGCGAUGGCGAUACACUUCGAGGCGGACGCUGGUCGCACCGGUGGGCAGGUCGGACUGCUGAGCUGGCCUACGUCAGACGCGAGUAGUAGCCAAGAGCAUCGCGUCCUCCUCUGCGUCUCGUGUAGAGUUGGGAUACGACCAGACGACGGCAUACGACUGCACUUCUGGCGGACGCACCGUCUCAAGGGCGACGCACUCGGCUAUAUUAUCGACUAUAGCUACGCCGCCUCGCCAAUUGCGAACCCGUACACCGUACCAGUACCAGCCGACGGAUCACUAUCCAUAGACCAGCUGCCGGUCUUAAAUGGCUUCAGCUGCUUGGAGUGCCGCUUCCUAACGACGAGCCGGAAGCUAAUUAGGGUCCACCGCUCGCAGUCAGGUCACGGUAGUAACUGGAAGGAAGUACGGCUGCAGACCUUAUCACCAGGGAGCCACGCUCGGUACUGGGUAGUUAAGGAAGGAACGCGCGGCAUACUAGGCUUGGGCACACCUACCGCAACCUCCUCACAGCACGCCUUACUCGAGCGGGUUACGAGGUACGAAGAGAAUCUAGCUACGGAGCUGGAGGAGACGCGGCGGACGGUAGACAGCCGGCAGGGAGCCGACUUCAAGUCGACGUGGGUCGACGAGAUGGGCUGGGCAAGGCACCUAGCCGGCAGCGACUUUGGCGAGCACUUCUAA